AAUAUAGACUAUCUAUAGAGCUACAUUGGUCAGUGUCAAAAUGGCGACGACCUUUGCAUCUGAAGUUUGAAGGAAAAUGGAAUCUAAAAUCUAAAACAAAAUAUAAUAAUAAUAGAAUUAGAUAUAUUCUAGAAUCUAGAUUUAAGCUACUAGGUAAAUCAUGAAUUUGAAUAAAUUAAUAGAGAACUUUGCCAGAUUGGCUGUGGGUAGACUUAGUAAUUCUUCACUUCAAGCGUCUAGUAGAAAUUUCCAUCAGUCUUCUAAUAGUUUGAAAAACUUCAAUAGCCGAUUACCAAAAAAUAUUAAAAUUGGAAAAUUUAGAUUUGAGACUCAUGUCGACUUUAAAAACUACACACUUACUCCAUUGAAGACAGCCAAGACGGGAGGCAGAGGUCUUGAUGGCCGUAUCUGGGUCCAUAGAAUUGGUGGAGGAGAUAAACUGUUAUACAGAAUGAUAGAUAACAAAAGGAUUGGACCAACUGAGGGCGAGCCUUUAGUAGAACACGUCAAUGUCAUUAUGAAAGAUCCUUGUCGCUCUGCACAUAUCGCAGUUGUGGCAGGCGGGGACAGAAAACGUUACAUAAUUGCCUCAGAGAAAAUGAAAGAAGGUGAUCUGAUCAAGACGUCUGGUGUGCUAACAGCCAUGCCAGUACGAGCUUCUGAUGGAGACGCCUAUCCAAUCGGUUCACUGCCUAUUGGCACUUUGAUCCACAAUGUUGAGCAACUUCCCGGAGAUGGGGGUACAAUUGCUCUAGCUGCUGGCACCUCAGCCUUGUAUAUCCGCAGAGUUGGAAACAAAUGCAUUGUCCGCAUGCCAUCCAAACGGGAAAUUAUUCUAUCUGAAAGGUGUAUGGUUGUUGUUGGGCGAGUGUCAAACACUGAACACCACAAGACCAAGAAAAUGAAGACUGCAGGGGAGAGUCGGUGGCGGGGAAUAAGACCAAAAAGUGGCUGGUGGCAGAGAAAAGAUGGCUAUUGUGGACGUAAAAUACGACCUAUCAAGCCUGCCUAUGAGGCAAAACCAGUUGUUCAACCACCUGAAGUUUUCAGAUGGACUAUCUGAGAAUAGAUACAUUUUAAGACUAUCUGAUGAUAGAUACAUUCUAGGACUAUCUUAGGAUAGAUACAUUCUAGGACUAGCUGAGGAUAGAUGCAUUCUAUGGCCAUCGGAGGAUAGAUUCAUUCAUGUUAACAAUUAAAUAAAUAUAUUAACUUUUCAGUUUUGUGUAGUUUUCAUUUUGAUCUGUUAUUGUUUCUUUAUCUUCUCUUAAAUGUUCAGUGUCUUAAAAUUGUUCUACCUAAUACAUAAAUGAAAUUGAAAUGCUACAGAAGGAUCCUGGGUAUCACUUACUAAGACUGCAUGUCAAAUGAGGUUCGAAACAUUAUUACUAGGGUAAAUGGCCACCUACUGACCACUGUCAAAAAGCACAAAUUAAAACUUUAUCGCCAUAUCACAAGGCCCUCAGAGCUUGCUAAGACCUUCUUUCAGGGAACAGUACCAAGGAAAAGAAGAGCAGGCAGACAAAGAAAGCAAUGUGUACACAACAUAAAAACAUGGAUUGAAAGAGUAAGUUUUCUUGUUUUUAUUUUUGAUAGGGAGCUUAGGGAUUUCAUAGAGGUGGGAUAGAAAGAGGUGGACAUUAUUUUUAAAGCAUAAUUACUGCACUGGGCAGUGUUACAUUUAUACUGUGCUUAUACUGUGUUUUUUGCAGGCAGACAGGGGCGAGUUAUUGUUUGGAGAAGGUAGAAGGGGGUUGGACCUGUAUGUUCGCGUUGGGCAAACGUAUAGUGUCGUUGUCCUCAGUUAUUUUUUUUUCUUGCUUUUUAGCUUGUUAAGUUUUGUAGAUGGUUAGCCAGGUGAGCAGUACUGUUGGCCAGUUGUUUUUUUUGUUGCCAUUUUGGUGUUUUGAUAGGCGGGAUAGGGGGUUUGAGAGACAGACAAUGGCGUUGGGUCAUGUAGUGUCUACCCCACCCAUGUAUUUUAGUAAUGCCUAUCAAACCUUGUAGUUGUUAAUGGAAGUUUUGGAAUUUCGUUUCCAGUGCCAUGCCAGAGGGCAGGGACAUUUGUUUUUCUUCUCCCUCUUAGUUGAGGUCGAGCGUUGAUUUUUUUUACCUGGUGUGUCCUUGUUGUACGGAUUCAUGGUAGUUAAGUCACAGGGUGACGUAAUGAUUUUUUGUUGUUGCGGCAAGAGUUGUUUUUUUUUACAGUGGGUCUCGAGUUUUGUUGGGCCUGGUUUCAGUUUUUUGUAUGCCGUCUAUUUUUUUUGCUUGAACGUGUUGAUGAUAGUUGGCUAUAGCUCUAUAUAGAAUAUCCGACAUUAGGUAUGUCGUGGAUUUUUUUAUUUCAGUGAGAUGUUGCUGUGUUGACAGAUCAUCAGUUUAUCAAGGUCAUUUGAUUAGUUUGUUCAACGUUUGAUAUUACUAAGAUGUUAAAGUUUAGGCCUGACGAGCUUGAAUUGGUAUUGAUUUUUUUUUACAUAGAUUUUUUUUUGUUGGCAAAUAUUUGAGCUUUAGCUGAGUUAUGGCGAUUAAUGUACACGCUAUCUAGGUAGUUCAGAAAAUUGACGUUUUAGGACAUUUGUAUCCAAGGUGGAACAUGAGUUGUUUGUUGAAGAGUCAAGUGAGUCCUUCUAAUGGAGGAGAGUGCAUAACAGACACUGAAGUAAAUGACAAAGCGUUGUUUUUUUUUCUACGACAUGUGUGAUGGACACUGGCAAUGAGUACAGCCAUUUUACAAUUUCUAUUCUAUUAUAGGGAUGCUAAUGAAUUUUGUAUUUUCAUUUUAUUAUCAUUAUGUUUUAGUUACUUAUAUAUUGAAUUAUACUGUUCUAUAUUUAGGUCGAAAAUAAGAUGCAAGUGGAGCUUGCAAUCCGAAAAACUUUGUCCAUGAUUAGAUGAUAUCAUUUUUCUUACUUUUAGUUUUAUAUUAAUUCGUGUUUUACUUGCACUCAAGAUUUGAUUGGCAGAAUUGCAUGUUCACUUUGAUGUAUAUUUUUUUUGUAAAUCUACUUGCAGAGAUUCAUGACUAUAUUAUUUGAUGUUUAAAGUUGAAGUUUGUGACAGUUGCAGUGCAGAUAUAUGAGAUGACGAUGUUCACAUGUUUGUUUUGAUUUUUUUUUCUUCUUAAUUACAACCACUUUGUUUAUGAUUUUAUAAUCUUAUUCCAGUGUGCUACAGUUGCCUAAAGACUUUGGUUAGCAAUGCUGCAUGUGUUCUAUAACAUUAUUUUUAUGUCUCAAUAUAGUUCCAGAAUUUGUUCUCAAAAUGUGAGGUGGUAGAGGCAGUUUAGACAGUCGCAUUAGUGUGACUUUGGUUGCAAAUAUUGCAACAAAAGUCAAAGGAGAAGGGGAAGAUGUCACAGUGUUGUGCAAGGGUUAUUAAUUAGUUUAAUAGAUGUUAUCAAAGCUCACCGAUAGACUUGACAGAGACCAGACAAAGGUUAGGACAAUGUCAGUUAGGUGUUUGUCUUGUAGAGAGACUGAUAUGUGGGUCGGGACAGACAUUAGUAAUGUUAGUUUAGGCGUAGGCUAGAUACUCAGCCUAUAUAGAGUAGAGUUUGGGGCAGUCGGGACACAGCGCCAUGUAGUGUUAGCAGGGGCGUGUGUCGUGUGCUAGGCGUUUUCUGGUGGACGACACAUACAGACAUUGGGAGCAAGUCGCCGAGGUUGGCUCGCGAUCUUGGCUCCAAGAUGUGUGAGUUGUUUGCCAGAGACAACAUGUAGGAACUAAUUCUUAAGGACCAGGGUAAGAAGAAAUGUUUUUAUUAGUUAUAUAUCUAGCAUUAGAUGUUAAUAGAUUAUGAAUAAAUAGUAUGGCGCUUUAGCUAGUUGUUAGCGAUAUCUUGAUUAUUUGUCUAUUUAGAGUGACAGUCUUGGCGACUGUCUGAGUCUUAGUGACAUUCUGACGGUCAGAGACGGUAGAUCUAUAUAUGGUGUAUCUUUGCCUGCUACUCAAGGGGAUAUCACUCUAGUAUUGAGCGGACUGUGACGUUGGGUUCCAGGAUCCGUGCAGAGACUAGAGAGAGAGAGAGAGAGAGAGACAAGAGAAAUGGAAAGUUCAUCGUGACCUACAGCCAAGCAUCAAUGUCUAUGUGAUUAUUAAAUUUUAAUUCUAGAAUCACAUGUUAUAUGUAACUAUAGUUGUUAAUUAAAUAUUUAUUUUUCAUAUGCAAA